GCCAUUCAAAACGCAUACCCAAAGUACGCAUAACCUCUCCGGAGUUGCGUUGUGUUUCUCUCAAGCCAAUAUAAACCCUAGCCGGAGCUGCCCGGAGGCGUCGACGAGACUUUCUAAGAUCACGGGUAGGUAGUUAAUGAAGAUAAACCAGCAGCGAAAGGGAUUCUCACCUGAUUAAUCGCCGACGAUGCACCGUGCUUUAACUGAGAAUCUCAGGGCCAGACCUAUAGUGAGGCCCGUGAGGGGGUUGUCUCAGGGCCCAUAAAUUUUGUCACUUUUGGGGGCCAUAAAUUUUUUCCAAGCCCACCCCCAAUCAGCGCCUUCUGCAAACCCUACUCCGUCUCUGGCUUUCUUGCCCUCGCUGCUUCGCGGCUCGCCCUCGCCCUCGCCCUCGCUUGACGCUUGCUCGCUCUCGCUCGCGGCUCGCCCUCGCCUCUCAGUCGGUAGCUGGGGAGGUCGCAUCUAUGGCUACUGGCUCUGGCUCUCUAACUCUUGUUCUCGCUGGGUGACUGGAUCGCACGCCUCUCUGCAUUGCCAUUGGGACACUUUGGUUCAAUCUUUUGAGGUUUGGUUCCAUCUUUGGUGUUGUGUUCUGUUCGGGUUCAAAUUCAAUACCAGUGACAAAAAAAUCUUUUGGUUCAAUCUUUGGUGUUGUGUUCUUGUUCUUGGCGGGCAGGCAGUGGCCAUUGGCCAGUGGGCAUCCCUUCAUACUCUAGAGACUAAGAGACUAGGUUAACAUGGGAAUGCCACGAUCUCCAUUUUCUACGCUGAGGAACUUCUUACCUGCUUUAGCUCCAUGAAGCUUACAUGUCUAAGCAAAGGUGGAGGUUUUCAUUUCCCACCCUGCUACAUAAUCGAUGUGUGUGGGAUCCUGGUCUUACUUGACUGUCCCCUGGACCUUUCUGCUCUCGCAAUCUUUGCUCCUAUUCUUACUGAUAUAUCCAAUGAUUCUGAGCCUGGGGACCAAAAGAGACAGAAAAGGGAGAAAGCCCUUGAUGCAAAAGUUUUGGUGCAGUCAGAGCCUUGUUACAAGAAUGUUAAUAAUUUACACCUGUGGGAUAGUGCUUUCGUUAAUGUUGUUUUGAUCUCAAGCCCUAUGGGUAUGCUGGGGUUGCCAUUUCUAACUCGCACCAAGGCUUUUUCUGCUAAGAUUUAUGCUACUGAAGCAGCGGCACGACUUGGGGGCCUUAUGAUGGCAGAUCUUGUGGCGAUGCAUACGGAACUGAGACAGUUUUAUGGGCCUGAAGAUUGUAGUUUUCCUCAAUGGAUGAAAUGGGAACAGCUUGAAGUGCUUCCAUCAGUACUGAAAGAGAGAAUUUUGGCCAAAGAUGGAUCUGAUAUCAGUAGUUGGAUGCCUCUGUAUAGUGCAGGUGAUGUGAAGGAUUGUAUGCAGAUGGUUCAGACUUUGAAAUAUGCUGAAGAAACCUGCUACAAUGGCACAUUGAUCUUAAAAGCAUUCAGCUCUGGUCUAGAAAUAGGUGCAUGCAAUUGGACUAUAAGUUCUCCAAAAGGAAGCAUUGCAUGCCUUUCCAGCUCCAUUUUUGUAUCUUCUCAUGCAAAGAGUUUUGAUUACCAUGCUCUCCAAGGAUAUGAUAUAAUUUUGUAUACUGAUUUCUCACUGCUUGACAUCGUGGAAGAUACUGAUGGCAAUAAUUGUUCUGUGACAACUGCAAACAAAUUUUCAGCUAUCAGAGAUGAUAGCAAGAACCAGGAUAUAGUUGCUGGGUUGCUGCUUGACAAUGAUGAGAAUUUGGAGGAGUUGGAGAAAUUAGCUUUUAUAUCUUCCUGCGCCAUUGAUUCUGUUAAAGCUAGAGGUUCAGUCCUUAUUCCAAUGGGACGACUUGGAAUUUUACUGCAGCUUUUGGAGAAUAUUUCAUGUUCUCUAGAUUCUUUAAAUCUUAAGGUGCCCAUAUUCAUGAUUUCUUCUGUAGCAGAAGAAUUACUAGCAUUCUCAAAUAUUAUUCCAGAAUGGUUAUGCAAACAACGGCAAGAAAAGCUGUACUCUGGUCAGCCAUUGUUUGCUCAUAUCGACCUUUUAAAAGAAAAAAAGCUUCAUUUAUUUCCUGCAGUUCAUUCGGAUAAAUUACUAAAAAUGUGGCAGGAACCAUGCAUUGUGUUCUGCUCACACUGGAGCCUGCGGCUUGGACCUGUUGUUCAUUUGCUUCGCCGUUGGUCUGGGGAUCAAAAUUCUUUACUUGUCAUGGAGAAAGGAGUAGAUGCUGAUUUGGCUCUCUUACCUUUCAAGCCAAUGGCAAUGAAGAUCCUGCAAUGCUCAUUUCUUUGUGGAAUGAGGAUGCAGAAAGUUCAACCUUUGUUGAAGAUGUUACAACCAAAACUUGUAUUGUUCCCUGAAAAUCUGAGGCGGUGUUUUGAGUUUUCAUGCACAAGUUCAACAUCCUUCAUUCAAUACUCGGAAUACGAAACAGUACGAAUCCCAAGCUUGAAGUUCACUCGAGACUUGGAAAUUGCAGCGGACUUGGCUUGCAACCUCCAGUGGACAAAGUUGGAACAGGAUAAUAUCAAUAUAGCAAGGCUAAAGGGAGAGUUAUUUGUGGAACACAGCAAACACAGGUUACUUGGAAAAGAGCAACUAGUCUCUUCACCCCCUAAACACUUGACCCACUGGGGUUCGGUUAAUAUGCAAAAUCUUAUGACAGCGUUGCAGAAGAUGGGGAUUAAUGCUUCUGUUGAACAAGGCUCGAAUAAUUCCAAAUCAGAAUACAAGGUACAUGUUGAGCCCAAUAAGGCCUUAAUUGAGGUUGAAGCUGGACGUACCGUUAUUAGCUCAACUGAUGAGAAAUUGGCUGCGUCCAUUUUCGGAGCCAUCACCAGUUGUUUGGAGGGCAUUUAACAGAAGAGGCAUUCCUUUUAACUCUUGUGUUGACUUGUUCCCCCUUUUUCGGCGACCUGGAUUAUGGGCAAAUGUCAUACAAGGAAGGAUGUUUCUCUGACUGGAGCAUUUUUGGUUCUUUGCUCUUAUUUUCCAGUACUUGUUACUUCUUGUCGAUGGUUAGGCAGGAAACAGAAAAGCUCGAUACUGUACAGCUACAAUUUCUAGUUAACAGUCCAAUAUCUGUAAUUUUGUUGGGGGCGAGGGUGUCCUAUAUGUAAUGUAUUGCUUGUGAAAUUCCCGAGUAUUUGAGCAAAUCUUGAUGAAAUUGGUGUAGGAUUGAUUCGUA